UCGAGUGGCAGAGCGCCAGAAAAUUUAUUAGGUGGCCUUUCUGUUUCGAGAUUUUUUUCCUCUAUAAAUGGAGAGACGGUACCGCCCACUCUUACUUGCAACAGCACCAUAGAACACCUGAACAUCAAUCUUUCUUCUUCUGCUCCAGUGAUGGAAUCUAGAGUGACAAUGAAUUCCUUGGUUCUUCUUCUCCUGAUGUUAAUCUUCGGUCAUGGAUCAUUCGUGAAGGUGGUAAACGGGCAGCUUGGUUGUGAACACAACCACACCUGGUGCAUAGCGAGGCCUUCUAGUGAAGAACCUAUGCUUCAGAACAACAUUGAUUUUGCGUGCUCCAAUGGCGUCGACUGCAGCGUGCUGGCUUCAGGGCAGGCCUGCUCUCUCCCAGACACCAUAAUCAACCAUGCCUCCGUUGUCAUUAACAUCUACUACAGUGCCAAUGGCAGGCAGCCCCACACUUGUAGCUUUGGCAAUUCUGGCCUCAUCACCACUGUCGACCCAAGCUAUGGCAGCUGUGUCUAUCCGUAAAAAUGCUAUAGCAGGAGAAAAUGAAGUAGAAUCUUCCAUCAAUAAAGGUUUCAUUGUAGUAAUGCGGCAGCCGCUGCUGAUAUUGGUCCCUCUAUUUUGUAGAGUUUUGGUUUAGGUCGAGAUGUGAUAGUUUUGCCAGUCGAGUGGAUUUGUCAUGUUGCUCAGUCUUGCUUAUGAUUGGUCGGAGUAAGACAAAACGCAAAGAAAUAAUUUUUUGAUCGCU